UCUUAGCUUGAGCUGACUAGCCUGAGGUCUGAGUUGCACUCCAUCGAAGGUCCCCCUGAAUCAAUCAUGUCUUCCGUUCCUGCUCCUCUCCCGGGUGGACGCGCUGCAACAGACGGCUCCCCACAGUCAGUGCUGUGUUUUCGGCCACUGCUGCUUGUGUUACACCGGACGCUCAUUGUCCCUUUUUUUGCUCCAGAAGAGGAAGAUGCCGAUGUCGACACCAUAUUGCACUUCAACGUCUUGACUAGCUAGCUUCACUGCACCAGCGGAGCGACUUUCGCCGGCUUAAAGUUAAAACAUCCCACAACAUGAAGCGCUGUCACUACGAGAUCCGUACGGGAACCGCAAUCAGUUCUGCACAUGCGCGAGGGAAAGUCACUUCCUCUAUUUGCAAAAUUUUACGACGGCCCACUUGUCCACGUAUAGAGAAGACUGUUGCUAUUUUGUUUUGACCUGUCAUGCGAUGACAUUUGUCUGCUUGUAUCCAAACAUUCCACUUUCAUCUUCACCACUUCAACCUCGGAGAUAGCGUGGUGCCAAGGGACGUUUUGACAUUCUGACCUGGUUUAAAGACGAGUGCAAAAUGUCUUGGUUUGCUGAGUUUGCUGGCAAAGCUGAAGACUUCCUGAAUAAAGUGGACCAGGGAGCUGCCACUGCCUUGAACAAAAAUCAGGAUAAAACAUUGUCCCUCACUUCAUUCUACGAAGGAGAUGCACCAGGCCACCCUGAAUACAAACCAGAGGGCUUUAAUAACAGCAGUAGCGCUUCUCACCAGACAUCAAGCUACAUCUCCGCAGCAGUAGGCAACAUAAAGAAGUCCACUUCAGCUCUGACGCCUGCUUCAGUCAACAUGUCCAGCACCCCCUCUGGCAAGCAGGCAUCAAGUGGCACGUCCAACCCCGCCAAAGCCUCCACCUCUUCCUCCAGCUUUGUCAGGCGCAAAAAGAGCGAGCGUGAUGUGGACGAUGAUAUGCUCUUUGACUUCUUGAACAGUUCAGAGCCGCCGGUCACUGCCGGGCGCGACUCGAACAAGGACGCUGUCAAAGCAGCAGCACCGAACCAGGUCACAGAGGCUAAAAACUCGACUCCUCCUCCUCCUCCUCCCACCAUCCCUUCGCUCCCAUCCACGCCCCCCUCCACCUGCAGAGUGUCCCGGGCUUCCAGCCUCAGCUCGCUGUCUGCUCACAGCAUGAAAGCAUCUGAGGAGAGCUCUGCUAAACAGCAAAGUCAAGCCACCUGGGACUCACCUGAGGCCUGCAACUCAGCCAUGGCUGCCCCUCAGGCGUCAAGUCGGCAGGAGUCCGGUCCCCCAGAGGAGCCUCAGGGCCAGGUUCUGUCAAGCCUGCGUCUGGAGAACCAACUCCUGCGCAGUGAGGUGGCCUCGCUCAACCAGGAAAUGGCCUUGGUCAUCCAGAGAUCAAAAGACUUCCAAGAAGAACUCAACCGCGCCCGGCUGCGUGCCGAUAGCUGGAACACCGAGCAGGCUCAGGGCGACCGCGCGUUGCGAGGACUGCGCUCGCAAGUGGACGACCUGAACGAGGCGCUCGCCGCCAAAGACCGUCAACUCGCCGUCCUCAAAGUCAGACUGGACGAGGCCGACCAGCUGCUGAGGAGCCGCAGCGCCGCACUGGAGGAAGUGCAGAAGGAAAAGUCCAGGAUUUUGGAGGACCACACAGAAGGGAGCAGCGUGCAGUCUCUAGCGCUUCAGAGCCUGCAGGAGAGACUGCGCGAGGCUGAGCAGACACACAGGAGGGACGAGGACAGCUUUCGGCAGAUGCAGAGUGACUUUUCCAGCCGUCUGUCCCGGCUGGAGUUUGAGAGGCAGACGCUGGCAGAGGCGGUGAAGGCAGCGGAGAAGCGAGUCGCAGAGGAGAAGUUGCGCGCGGACAACCUUCAUCAGCAACUGAGGAGCGCUAAGGCAGCAGCGGACACCGCCAAGCAGGACUUCCACGAUUACAAGCACAAAGCCACACGCAUCUUGCAAUCUAAAGAGAAGCUCAUCAGCAGCCUGAAGGAGGGCUCCGGCCUGGACAGUCUGGACGGCAGCGGGGCGGCAGCUCUUGAAGUGGAGGAGCUGCGUCACGAGAAGGAGCUGCAGAGGGAGGAGAUCCAAAAGCUUCAGGGUCAAGUGCACUCGCUGCGCACAGACUUACAGGAUCUGGAAAGUCAGUCGCUGGCCGAGGCAGAAACGUGGCGAGAGCAGGCGCUGCAGUUGGAGGAGCAGCAGACUUCACUAAACAGCAUCAAGCAGGAACUGGAAGCGGAAGUGGAGAGGCUCAAACAGGAGCUGCAGUAUGUGGAGGAAGAGCAGCAUCGGGCCAAAAGUACCCUGCAGAGCCGAGUUCAAGACAGAGAAGAGGAAAUACAGAAACUCAGGAAUCAGUUGACCAACAAGACCUUGAGCAGCAGUAGCCAAACAGAGCUGGAGAAGCGUUUGCACCAGCUGACCGAGACGUUGAUUCAGAAGCAGACUAUGCUGGAAGCUCUGGGCACAGAGAAAAGCUCGCUGGUCUUCCAACUGGAACAUCUGGAGCAACAGCUGAAGAACAGUCAAGGGGGUCAGACUGGGGGAGGACCAGCCAUUAACAUGAGUGCCGUGGAGGGCGCAGGUACAAGACCAAGAAACAUUCCGGUCCUUUUCAGCAACCAAGAGAGUCGGGGAGUGUAUGGCAAAGUGCAGAAGGCGGCCAGCACCAUCGACCGUUUCAGCAUCAGACUGGGGAUUUUCUUGAGGCGCUACCCCAUAGCCCGUGUGUUUGUCAUCUUGUACAUGGCAGUGCUGCACAUGUGGGUGAUGAUUGUGCUUCUCACCUACUCGCCAGAAAUGCAUCACGCACAUCCUGACGGAAGCUAGUUGGAGAUGUUUUGCACAGAUAUCACCGAAAGACACAAUUUUCUCCUGUUCUACCAAGAAAAUACAACCGACAGAGACAUGAAAUUACGACUAUCACAUGAAUGGUCAUUAAAACAAACAGCUAUCCUGUGUAUGCUCUUCUUCACCUUCUUCAGAGAUUGUAUUUAACAAUGUAAAGCGGUUAUUUUAAUAAAUGACUUAAAAACAUCACACACAUACCUUCUCUUCUCUCACCCAAACCCACG